AUGUCGAGAAAGCUCAGUACUGGAGCACCCUGUAUUUGCGCUUUUCCCAUAUUGACACACGAGGCGUACAACGAUGAUCUACAUAGCGAGCCAUGCCAACAGGCGGCAGCGCCGAUGAGGGCUUCGGCCGUUAUCUGGAGGCGGAAGUUGUGUGAAGUCACGACGCCGCUGCCGAAGGCCUUACGCGAGCAGCAGCAGCAGGAGCGCUUUUUGCAACAGCAGCAGCUUCAUUCUCUUCGUUCUGCUUUAACGAGUCCCUCUGGAGUCCCUAUUCCUGUAGCUGGUGUUGCAGGAUCAGUUACAGAGCCUGGCUCGCUGCCUUUAUCCCCACCCACUGCUGCUGCUGCUGCUGCUGCUGCUGCUCAGAAGAGUUUUGAAUCGGCUGUUUUUCUGUCUUUAAAGUCAAAGGCAUUUGCAAGGGAGGCGGGAAGGGCUCUGGAAACUGCUGGGCUUUACAGACUUCAGACCUUGGCAAUAUCGAGGCUGAAGUCGGCUGAUGCCGCUGCGAAGCCGCCUCCAUCUUCCGUGCUGCAGCAACAAAAUCAACUGCAGGCUUCUGUCUGCAGCAACUUAAGACACAUCAGCAGGGGCAGUGGCAACAGUAGCAGCAGCAGCAGCAUUUAUUUGUCGUCCCCUGCCUUUUCAAGCGGGUGUGCAUCUCCUCGUUCCCUCAAGAAAAAAGCAGCAGCAUUCACGGGCACCCGACUAGUAGCAAUUUCCGCACUAGAAGAACUACCAGCAGCACCUGCUGCAGCACCAGCAGCUGAAGCACCCGCUGCAGCACCCGCUGCAGAGCCCGCUGCAGUAUCAGGCGCAUCAGCAGCUGCAGCACCAGCUGCAGCCCCCGCUACAGCAUCAACUGCACAAGCAGCUGCAGCACCAGCAGCUGUAGCACCAGCAAUAGCAGCAGUAGCAGUACCAGCAGCAAGGCAAUCGCUGGUCAUGGAAGAGCAGCAUUCCUUGGGCGGUAUCACCCCCAAGGCCAUGAGCUCCUCCCACGUAAAUCCUCCACAGCAGACGAACAGUAGCAAUCGCUGCAGUAGCCAGCCCAGCAGCAAACGCAGUAGCAGCAAGCGCAGCGGCAAGCGCAGCAGCAGCAAUCGCAGCAGCUGCACAGUCAAAGCUCGCCGGAGGAGCAGCAAGCGACGAGCAGCAGCAGCAGAAGCAACCACUGGCGACAAUCCCCAGCACACAGCGCUGAAGAUCAAAAGGCACCAGUCUGAGGGUGCAACACAACAGCAGCAGCCAGCACCCGAAACUGCAGCCGCAGCAGCAGCAGCAGCACACUCAAGGAAGUCCACAAACCCAUUCGAUGAUGAGAUGGAGGACUUCUCCGUCUCCCCUUCCCCUGCUGCAGCAGCAGCAUAUAGCGCUGCUGCUGGGCCCGAAACUGCUCUGAUUGGUGCUCUAUGCGAGCUACUGCAGCGGCUGCAGCGGGAGCAGCCUGUGCUGCUGUCAGCAGAGGCUCCCCUGUUAAGCAAGCGACUGCAGCAGGAAAAAAAGGAAAAGGUCUUAGAAGAGCUGCUGCAGCAGGAGCAGCUAAAAAAAAGCAAAGAGGAGCUCCUGUCGUUACAUCGCAGAUGGUCCGAGUCAGCUGACGACUCCUCUCCACGGUCAAUGCUUGUUGCCUUCCUCAACUUCCUUCGUGGAGCAGAGAAGCAACAGCAGCAGCAGCAGCAGAUGAGUGCUCAACUGCAGCAGCAGGAAGAGCAACAGCGACAGCAGCAGCUGGACGGACAACAGCAGCAAGAAAACAACCCCCUGGGAGAAGAACAGACACAACCUCAGGAGGAGGAGGAGCAGCAGCACCUGCAGCAGGGCCAGCAGCAACAUGAGCAAGACCAGCACCAGUUGCAGCAGGAAGAGAAGCCACAAAUUCAAGCGCAAGAACAACAGCAGUUGCAAAAUGGACUGCAAGAGAAUAUGCAACAGGGGGACCAACAGCACCAGCAACAGGAAAAACCGCAGGAGCUGCAGCAGGAAGAGCAGCAGCAACAGCAGCGGAAAAAACAACAGGAAGAGCAACAGCUGCAGCAGGAGGAACAGCAGCACGUGCAGCUGGAAGAGCAGCAACAACUGCAGAAAGACCAGCAGCAACAGCUGCAGCAGGAAGAGCAGCAUCAAGUGCAGCAGCAAGUAGAGCAGGACGAGAAACAGCAACUGCAGCAGCCAGAAGAGCAAAUGCAACAGAAAGAGCAGCAACAGCAACUGCAGGGGGAACAACAGCACGUGCAGCAGGAGGAGCAGAAGCAAUUAAAUCAGGGAUAUGACUGUCAAGCGCAGCAAGAUGAACAGCAUCAAGUGCAGCAGGUCGAACAGCAAAAGCUGCAGCAGGGAGAGCAACAACCAGUACAGCAGGAUCAGGGGCAACAGCUGCAGCAGGAAGGGCAGCAACAACAGCCACAGCAGGAAGAGCAGCAGCAAGAGCUGCAACAGGAAAAGCAGCGGGAGCGCGAGGAGCAGCAGAUGCAAGAAGAAGAACAGAUGCAGCUGAAGCAGCAUGAGCAGCAACAGCAGCAGCCGCAGGGUGAGCAACAGCAGAAGGCCGUGCCGGAGCAUAUGCAGCAGCAAGACCCCGUGCAGCAACAAGAGAUGCAGCAGCCAGGUCAGGAGGAACCCCGGCAGCAGCAGGAGCAGGAGAAGAAGCAUGAAGAAGCCAAUGAAGCAGCUCCUGCAUCAGCAGCUGCUGCAGCUGCUGCCUCUGAUGACGAUGCAGUUGGGCCUUACAGCUCUUUCGAACCAGCAGCAGCAGCAGCAGCGGCAGCAGCGGCGGCGGCUGCAGCAGCAGCAGAUCUCGCUACCAAGCGGGGUAGGUCUAGGGAAGAGGGUACUGCUUGCCUUGAUGCAGCAGAGCCUUCAGACACUGGAACUGCAGCAGCAAGAGAUGAGAAGGAGCGUAGCCCUACAGCAGCAGCAGCAGCAGAAGCAGAAGCAGCAGAGGCAACAGGAGCAACGGCUCCUGCAGCAGCUUGCUUACAAGCUUCUGCUGCACUUUCUGCUGCUGCUGAGUCGGAUUUGGGGGGGCCCCUGUUUGGUUUCCUAGAGAGGGGCGCCCAGCCCCCCAAGCCUGCUGCUACAACAUCGAGUGCUGCAUGCAUCUCUCCGCCGCAGGACUCGGGUGAACUGUUUGGGUCCUUAACUAACAGCAGGGGGUCCCUUGGGGGACCCCUGGGGGCCCCCCUAAUUGGGGAAGAUGAGGUGGAAGAAAUUCAAAAUCGGCUUCUGCAGCAGGUGGCAGAGCAGCAGCGGUCUGCUGCUGCGUUUGGCCGCAGUGGCAGCAGCGGCAGCAACAUGGUACUGUUUCCUUACGCAGGUAUGGAUGGGCCGCUGUUGGAAGGGACGAAGAGGGCAGAGGCAGCGGCGGCGGCAGCAGCAGCAGAAGCAGCAGCAGCAGCAGGGGAUGAUGCCCUGUCUGAAGGAGAGGCCGAGGCUGUUUUCUCUGUAUUCCUCUCCUCAAGAAGACAAAGUAUGCAAAGAGAUAAAAGAAGAAGUGCCUCUGCCUCUCCUAGAACGCCAACGCGCCUCUUCGAUAUCCCCUCUGACUUGCUUCCCGUUGCUUCUGAGUCUCAGCAGCAACACGAGCAGCAGCAGCAGCAGCAGCAACAGCAGCAGCAACAACAACAACAACAGCCUCAGCACGUCACCCUGGAUGAGGUAUUCCUGCCUCUGCCAUUACCCGAGUACGAACCGUCAGAUCCUAGGUACAACUCAGGGGGCCCCUAUUCAUCUGGGGGGCCCUUAUCCCCAGGGGUCGGACCCCUCUCUUCUUCUAGAGGGCCCCUCUCUAGUGGUGGGCCCUCAAUUCAGUCUACCCGUGCUUCCGCAGGCAGCAGCCUGGCAGGCCCUCUUGCUGCAGGGGAAGCGCCCCCUAUGGGGCCCCCCAUAGCCCCAUCGCUGGUGCAGCAGUUCGAGCAGCAGCAGCUGCAGCAGCAGCUGCUGCGCCGCCGCGGCGGUGUUUCGCAAUACAACAGUCACCCCAAUGCCCCAGGAGCUUCAAGAUCCUCAGCAGCAGCAGCAGCAGCAAGAAACGACACAAGGGGAAGAAUGCGAGGACAGCAGACGUCCUUCUAUGGUGUUACUGACUUCAGUGGUUACCCCGAGACGGUGGGGUUGGUAAGCCAAGCAACAACCCCACAGCCGCUGUCUUUCUACUGCUUACGAUCCUCUAAUGGCUCUACUUCACCUGCUGCAACACCUGCAGCAGCAGCUGCUGCAGCGCCUGCAGCAGCAGGUGCAACAGAGCCAGUCCCGUUCCUUAAGCAACCACGAUUCGUAGAACCACGAGACACCCCCUUAGCGCCACCAGCUGUGGCCGUAGGGGAGGGACUACCCACACCUAGAGAUCAGAGCAGCAAGGUGCCGCCUUCACAAAGGGAGACACUUAACAGCAGCAGCAGCAGCAGCAGCAGAUUCCCUCAGGAAGCAGGCAGCAGAAUCCGCCCUGCGGAGUUUAUCUCCACCUCCUCCCACAGUGCCUUCACCCCUGCACCCCACAGCAGUUUGCCGUAUGCUCAGCUGCAGCAGCAGCCGCAGCAGCAGGGAGGCGACGUCCGUGUUGGCGGGGCUGGGGGGCUUCGGUCUCACAGCAGCAGACGCGGACAGCGCGGCAGCAGCAGCAGCCACAGCCCAAUAAGAGCACCAGGGGUCGUUGCUGCCAAUGGUUUAGAUGCUGAUAUGAUCUCGAGGCCCCAACAGCAACAGCCGGCGAACCCAACUCCCAGGAUCCUUAGCACUGCAGCAGCUCCAGCAGGAGAAGCAGAAGCAUCAGCAGCAGCAGCAGCAAGGGGAAACAGCAGCAGCUCGCGGCUGUUUGUGAGGCCUGCUCGCCGCGACCAGGAGACGCAGGCCCUCGUGGGGGGUUGGGGGGCCCCACCUACACAAGAAGAACGACUUACAAGGAGGCAACUUAGGGAACGAUUCGAUAGGCUAACAGCUAUGGAGAAGCAGCAGCAGCAGCAGCAGCAGAUGGAGCAGCAGCAGCAGCAGAUGCUGCAGCAGCAACUGCUCCAGCAGCAGCCAUCCGCUGCCGCACCUGCUUCGAGAGAAGACUUAGGGACCUCUCUUAGCCCAACACACAGCAGAAGCAAAAGCUCACAUCGUAGCAGACAACUGCAGCAGCAGCAGCAGCAAAUGCCUGUGAUGGAGAAGACCCAGGAGAGGCUGAGCAGCUCGUUGAGAUUACCAAGAGGGCGAUCGCAGCCGCCUCAGCCGCAGCUGCAGCAGCAGCAGCAGCAGGUGCUUCUGCCUCCUGAGCAGCGCAGAGGAAGUGUCGCAGGAAACAACAGCCUCGACAGCUUUCAGAAGCAGCAGUUGCUGCAGCAGCAGUUGCAGCAGCACUUGCUGCAGCAGCACGAAUUAGAGCAUCCACAAGACGAGCUGCAGCAAGAGGAGGAGCAGCUGCAGCAGCAAAUUCUGCUGCAGCAGCAGCUCAAGGUAGAAGAGGAACGACUAGCAGAAGAAGAGCUACAGCGCUUGAUGGAAGCCCACUGGGAAGGGGCCCGCAGGCAGCAGCAGCGGCAGCAGCAGCUGGCGCUGUUGCAGCAGCAGCAGCAGUCAUUCCUCUCCGAGUCCCGUCGUGAACGAGAAAGGAAACGCUUAAGCAGUAGCAGCAGCAGCAGUAGCAGCAGUAGCAGCAGUAGCAGUAGCAGCAGCAGUAGCAGCCAGCAGCUGCAGGCGGCGCCGAUCCUUUCUUUCCUGCAGCAGCAGGCAGCACCACAAGCAGCAGCAGAUGCAGCAACGGGCACAGCAGCAGAAUCGCCUGCAGAAGCAGCAGACAUGCUGGAGGGUCAGGUGUUGGGUCGCGUGAGCAACAGCGGCAGCACACCUCGUUUUAGUGCAGCAGCAGUUGCUGCUGCUGCUGAAGCAGCAGCUGCUGUCUCUGCUGUUGCUGAGAGGCGCAGCAGACGCAGGAGGACCCCCAGCAUAUUUGAGCUAUCAGGAGACAUGGAUCCAGUAGACCUAGCAGAGGCAGGCGUUGCAUCAUCAGCAGCAGCAGCUGGCGCAGCAGCAGCAGCAGCAGCAGCAGCUGCUGCUGCUGCUGCAAUUCCUGAAGAGGCCGAGCAACAGCGGCAGGAAACAGAUGAUGCAGGUAUCUGCGGAGAUGUAUUCGGUACAAAUGAUAACUUUUUGGGGCUUUCUGCUGCAUGCAGCAGCAAAAGAAGAGGAGAGGUGGAGAGAGAGGCAGUAGAUCAGCAGCUAAUAGUCGAUGAAUCUCCGUAUACACCCCCAGGCCCAGGCAGGCUGCAGCUGCAGCAGGAGCAGCAGGAGCAGCAGGAGCAGCAGGAGCCUCCUUUCCUUCAACAAUCAACACCUCCAUCACCAUCAGCGGCAGCUGCAGCAGCUGCAGCAGCUGCAGCAGCAACAGCAGCAGCAGCAGCAGCAACACAAAAAAUUAUGACUGCAGAUGUUGGAGUAGCGACAGAUAUUUUAGCCGAAAGUCCUCUCCAAGAUAUUUUUGGCUUAGAGGAGGAAGAGGAAGAAAAAGAAGAAGAAGAAGGAGAGGAGGAAGAAGAAGAAGGAGGAGGAGAGGAAGAAGGAGAGGAAGAAGGAGGAGAAGGAGGAGCAGAUAUAGAUAACAAUGAUAUACUACUAUACCAAGAUGACCCGCAUGCACAACACCUGCUGCUGCAACAGCAGCAGCAGCAGCGGAAGAAACGCAAAACAAAACGAGCAGAAGCAGCAGCAGCAGCAGCAGCAGCAGCUAAUGGGCCCUCUGAGGACUCAGUAGUAUUUGGGUUACCCCCAGAGGCUCAUCAUCAGCAGCAGCUAUGGGAGAGCGAGGCAUUAGCAGCAGCAGAGGGUAGGCAGCAGAUUGCUGCUGCUGCUGCUGCUGUAUCGGUUGCUGCUGCUGCAGCACGAGCUGCAGCAGAAGCAGCAAAUCCAAGACCCCAAGAAGAAGACACAUCUAGUCAAGAAAUACCUCAGGGUCUUGAUGAGCAGCAGGAGCAGCUACAGCAGCAGCUACUGCUGCAGCUGAUGACCCCAAAGAAGGGUGGCGGCAGCAGCAGAGCUGCCAGCUGCAGCAGCGGCAGCUGCAGCAGAGCUCGCAGCGGCAGCACCGGCGCCAGAGCGAGGCAGCAGCAGCACUUGCUGCAGCAGCAGUUGCAGCAGCAGCAGUUGCUGCAGCAGCAGCAGCAGACUCCAUCUGUCUAUGAACAAAGACAAAGACACAGCAGACAAAGGGAAGAACAUAAAAGAAAUAAAAGUAGAGGGGGGGCCUCCAAUAGGGCCCCCUCCUGUCCUGCAGCAAACAUUGAUUACUACCGCCUGCAGCAGCAGCAGCAGCGGCAGCAACUGCGGCCUGAGGACGAAGCAGCGGAGGAAUGGGCAGCAGCAGCAGCAGCAGCAGGAGCUCCUGAAGGGGACCCAGCAUAUAGUUAUAUUGGUGGAGGAAGAGGGGAAAGAAGAAGCAGCAGCCAAUUAGCUUCUUCCUUCCUUCAUCCUUCUGCAGCAGCAGCAGCAACAGCAGCAGCAGAUAGAGACCUGUACUACGGGCCUAAUAGGAGGAACCCCUCUGAGUUGUCUUACUCAAAGAGGGAGAGACGAGCAAGCGACACAGGGAGGUUGCUUCCUCCUUAUUGUUCUCCUGCUGCUGCUGCUGCAGCAGCAGCAGCAGCAGAAGCUGCAGCAGCAGCAGCUGCACAAAGAGGAGACAGCAGCAGCAUAGGAGGAGGAGAUGAAGGGACAAGAAGACACCAUCGUAGCCCUAUAAGAAGAAGAAGAAAAGAAAAGCAGCAACAGCAGCAGCAACAACAACAACAGCAGCAGCAGCAGCAGCAGCAGCAGCCACACCAUAUAAUUAGUUUUACGGGUACACCUGCAGCAGCAAAAGCAUUAGCAAAGAAAGUUAAGAAAAAGAUGCGCCCCUUAUUUAUUCAUGAGGAAGUGUCUCCUUCUUCCUUAAUAAAUAAUAAUAAUAAUAAUAAUAAUAAUAAUAAUAUAAAUAAUAAUAUAAAUAAUAAUAAUAAUAAACAAUUAUUGUCUCCUUUAGGAGGGAGACACGAACAAUAUAAGUGCAGCAGCAGCAGCAGGUCUCCUGAUGCUGUAGAUGCUGCUGCUGCUGCAGCAGCAGCAGCAGCAGAUGGCACCAUCAGGCAGCUACCAGCACUUCUUAGAGCGCAGCAGCAGCGUAAGGCAAAUAGGAGGCUGCUGCAGCAGCAGCAGCAGCAACAAUGGGAACUGCAACAGCAGCAACAAUGGGAACUGCAACAGCAGCAACAGCUGCAGCAGCAGCAGCAGCAGCAGCAGCAGCACAGGCUGCAGCCGUAUAUGUAA